AUGGUUGUUGCACAGAAAGUGAAACAAGCUGAGAUCACCGAGCAGGACUCGCUUCUUCUGACAAGGAACCUGCUCCGUAUUGCUAUAUUCAAUAUCAGUUACAUAAGAGGCUUGUUUCCAGAGAAGUAUUUCAAUGAUAAGUCUGUUCCUGCGUUAGGUGUCUAUGAUGCAUUGCAGAAAAAAUACCUCAAGACACUUUUGUUCUGUGUGUGCGAGACUAUAGAGGGCCCGAUGAUCGAGGAGUACACAUUUUCCUUCAGUUAUUCUAAUAAUGAGAGUCAAGAGGUUUCAAUGAAUAUCAAUCGUACUGGAAAUAAGAAGCAGGGAGGAACUUUCAAGUGUAACUCUACAACUGAAAUUACUCCCAAUCAGAUGAGGAGUUCUGCUUGUAAAAUGGUCCGAACACUGGUUCAGUUAAUGAGAACUCUGGAUAAAAUGCCUGAUGAGCGCACUAUAUUGAUGAAGCUCCUCUACUAUGAAGAUGUGACGCCAGCGGAUUAUGAGCCUCCAUUCUUCAGGGGUUGCACGGAAGAAGAAGCCCAUCAAGCGUGGAUUAAGCAUCCUUUGCAAAUGGAGGUAAAGAGUGUGCUUGACCCCUGCGAGGAUGAAAAUGAUGAUGUGGAGGAUGAUGAAGUGAGCUUAGGAGCUGAUUCUGUAGAAGGGGAUGAUUCUUCUGAAUCUGACAGUGAGGUUAACCAAUCACAAGAAGAUCAAUACAUAGUUGCACCAGUAGACAAGCAACGUCCAGAGGAAGACAAUGGCAUGGUUGAUGAAGAUGAUACACAGGACCCAGAGGAAGACGAGCAGCAAUUGGCUAGGGUGAAGGACUGGAUUAACAGUUGCCAUCUUGAUACCAUUGAACUCACUGAUGUUCUCUCUAAUUUUCCAGAUAUCUCGGUGAUUUUGAUUGAAGAAAUUAUGGACAAGCUUGUAAAGGAAGGUGUUUUAUCGAAAACUGGAACAGAUGCUUACAGCAAAGUCAAGCAAAAGGCCUUCGAGUAUGAGUUUACUGUGGUUAAAGAGGAAACAGAUGGUGAAAAAGCUCCUCAGGUUGAGGAUCUCAUGUACAUGAAGGCUCUGUAUCAUGUGCUUCCAAUGAAAUAUGUGACAAUCGCAAAGCUUCAGAACAAGCUAGAUGGAGAAGCAAAUCAAUCUGUUGUGCGCAAAUUAGUUGAUAAGAUGACCCGAGAUGGCUAUCUUGAAGCCACAGGAAACCGCAGGCUAGGCAAACGUGUCAUUCAUUCCAGUCUAACUGAGAAAAAGCUUAUUGAAGUCAGGAGAGCCUUGGGAAAUGAAUCUAUGGACAUUGAUACUAAUGAACCAAAUAACAAGUCCAACCAUCCAGAAUCUCAGAAAAGAGGGAAUGAUUACAAAGAUGGCUCAACAUGUGGUGUUCUCCACUCCAUUGGUUCAGAUCUUACACGCAUGAAGAUCAGAUCAGAUAUAAAUCAAAAUGGAUCAACUAGGAGUGACCAGACUAUCUCAAGGACAAGGGACCAUGGAAACACUCCCACAAGCAGGGCUGAGCCUGUUGCUUCAAGAGAGAGUUUUUUUCCAGAGAAGGAGAAUGCCAGAGCAAAUGGAAACACAAAUUACUGUGGUGAGGCAGAUACAGUGAUCUGCAGCAGAUCCUCUCAAGAUAAGCGGUCCAGAAAGACAAGCACGGUAAUGCUUCAACUCCCUCAACAUGAACUGGUUGUAGCUCUUACCUGCAUAUGCCCUAUUAAAACCACCGCAUUUGUAUUACCGAGGCAACUUUUAUAUCCUUUUCAGGUCAAGGAGCCUAUUAUUCAGUGCAUGAAGCGCCAGAAAUCUCAAGCUGUCUGA